AGUUAGCAGGUCCUGGCAUUUCUUCCAUGGCGAAUGCGGCGCGACGUCCCAUUUUCAUCGGCUUUCCUCUUUAAAAUUCCGCGCCACCAAAAUGGAAUCUCACUCAACUCUCGACUUCCGUUUCCUCUAAUUCAUACGCCUGAGAAGGUUUUGCGUUAAAGCAAAGCUGUCAGCAUGAGUGACUCAGCGAGGGAGGAUACCAGCCAUACACUUCGGAUACUUGUUGCUACAGAUUGCCAUCUGGGAUAUCUGGAGAAGGAUGAAAUUCGACGGCAUGAUUCAUUUCUGGCAUUUGAGGAGAUAUGCUCUAUAGCCGAGGAAAAGAAGGUGGACUUUAUGCUUCUUGGCGGAGAUCUUUUCCAUGAGAAUAAGCCCUCAAGGUCCACAUUAGUUAAGGCCAUUGAGAUUCUUCGUCGUCACUGCCUUAAUGAUCAACCGAUACAGUUCCAAGUUGUCAGUGACCAGACUGUAAACUUUCCAAAUUCAUUUGGUCAUGUGAAUUAUGAGGAUCCUCACUUCAAUGUUGGCUUGCCGGUUUUCAGUAUUCAUGGAAACCAUGAUGAUCCUGCUGGCGUGGACAAUCUUUCUGCAGUUGAUAUCCUUUCAGCCUGCAAUCUUGUGAACUAUUUUGGUAAAAUGGUUCUUGGGGGUUCUGGCGUUGGUCAGAUCACUCUUUAUCCUAUUCUUAUCAGGAAGGGUUCAACGGCUGUGGCUCUUUAUGGUCUAGGAAACAUUAGGGAUGAAAGGCUGAACAGAAUAUUUCAGACACCACAUGCUGUGCAGUGGAUGCGACCUGAAGCUCAAGAGGGGUUCCAAGUGUCAGACUGGUUCAACAUUCUGGUACUUCAUCAGAACAGAGUGAAGACAAACCCUAAAAAUGCUAUAAAUGAGCACUUCUUACCGCGCUUCCUGGAUUUCAUAGUGUGGGGACAUGAACAUGAAUGUCUUAUUGACCCUCAGGAAGUAUCAGGGAUGGGAUUUCACAUUACUCAACCAGGUUCCUCAGUUGCGACAUCACUUAUUGAGGGAGAGUCAAAGCAAAAACAUGUGCUUCUUUUAGAAGUCAAGGGAAAUCAAUACCGGCCAACCAAGAUACCUUUGACAUCAGUGAGGCCUUUCGAAUAUAAAGAGGUUGUGUUGAAGGAUGAACCUGAGAUUGAUGCCAAUGAUCAGAACUCAAUUCUUGAACACUUGGAUACAGUGGUCGGUGAUCUAAUAGAGAAGUCCAACAAGAAGACUGUUAAUAGAUCAGAGCUCAUGCUUCCGUUAGUCCGAGUUAAGGUAGAUUACUCUGGAUUCAUGACAAUAAAUCCUCAAAGAUUUGGGCAAAAAUAUGUUGGGAAGGUUGCAAAUCCCCAAGACAUUCUUAUAUUCUCUAAGGCUUCUAAAAGAACUCGGAAUGAAGCUAAAAUUGAUGAUUCAGAACGUCUCCGGCCAGAAGAACUAAAUCAACAGAACAUAGAGGCUUUAGUUGCUGAAAACAAUCUGAAAAUGGAGAUCCUCCCAGUCAACGAUUUGGAUGUUGCAUUACAAAAUUUUGUCAAUAAGGAUGACAAGUAUGCAUUCCAUAACUGUGUGCAAUACAAUCUUGAAGAAACACGCAAUAAAAUUGCAAAGGAGUCAGAUGCUUUGAACUUUCAAGAAGGAGAUUUAAUCCUUAAAGUUGGAGAGUGCUUUGAGGAAUCUCUUGGGGCCAUGCAGACUUUCUCAAUGCAAUUUAUAUAUUGCUACCAUCUUUAUUCCCCCAAAGCUUCACCAUAUGGGCUGUGUUGCAUCUUCCUCUCAUGCCCACCCAAGGGCAUGUGCAAGCACAAAAGCUUUCAAAAUACUUGUUCUUGCUUCAGCAGUGGAUGGGCACUGAAGGAGAAUAUACUGCUCAACAGUUUGACAAUUGAUGCUAGGUUUUAUGUCCUUGAUACCUUUAUCUAUUUGGUUGUUUUAAUUUGCAGGAACGUGUCAAGGAAAGGUCUCUGCACCCUAAGGAUUCGUUACAGUUUACAUCUGGUGGACAGUUCUUUGAGGAAAGCAGGAGUAAAAGUACUACAGGAAUUGGAAGUGCAGUUGCCUUUAGUGAUGAUGAAGACACAACACAGACAACUGGCUCUGCCACUAGAGGCAGGAAAGGAUCAUCAGGAGUUUCCCGGUCAUCUCGUGGUGCUCCAGAACGAGCUAAAAGUAAAACUUCUGCAAGAGGAAGGGGUUCUGGCAGAGGUUCGGGUAACUUAAAACAGACAACUCUUGAUGCAGCUUUGGGGUUUCGUCAAUCUCAAAGAUCUGCAUCAGUUGCUGCAAGAGCUGCUGUUCAAAGUGUUACUGCUGAAGAGGAGGAUCUGGACUCUGCUUCAGGUGAAGAAUAUGAUAUAGAUGAGGAAAAUGAUGAAAUUGUUCAAGGCAGGAGUCGAAAAAGAGCUGCUCCAAGUGGAAAAGGCAGGGGGUCUACAUCAAAGCGUGGAAAGAAGUCAGAGAGCUCUUCAUUUCGAGGAAUGCUUAUGAACAAGGAUGAUGACGAUGACAAUGAGGAUGACAUUCCAAAGAGAUUUAAUAAGUCCCAACCACGGGUGACAAAAAGUUAUGGCGCUUUAAGAAGGUAAGAGUCAUUGAGGUUCAUUUUCUCUAAACACAACUUUAAGUCAGCUGUGGGGAACAUUUUGAUGGCACCUUAUGAAGAACCAUUUGGAUGAGUUUACUGCAAAAGGCUUCUUAGUGAUCAAUGUAUUACAGACUUGAGGAUAAAAAGAGAAAAGAAAAAAACAAGCCGAGGUCUUCAAUUUUGCCUUCUCUUGCGCUCGGUUGUGAUGGGAAAGUUUAUGAUCUUGUAUGAUAUGUAUUGCUUCUAAUUUUGCAGACUACAUUGCCAAUCAGAGUAACGUGCUAAGAAUGCAUGACAAGGGCAUAACAUGUGUAACGGGGAAUUGACAUAUUACCGAUCCAUGAAUUGAGUGUUUGCAAAUUGAGAGUGAUUUUCAAUCAUUUCCUCUUGUUUUCCUGGUAACAGUGAAUGUUAUUGCCUUUUCAGUUAGCAGCCUUGAAAGCUUAGCAAUAAGGUUCUAGGAUGAGACUUUCGGUUUUGCUAAAUUCAGGGCUGCUGAGCAUUUACCGGGAGCGUGAAAUGAUAUGCUUACAUGCAAUUUAUUUUUUUGUAAAUCGGAUGUUGAUAGUUUAAUUAGCAUGACAGUUGCUUCACAGUUUUCCAAAAUGGGAGAUAGUAGAUGCUUAAGGCUAUGCUGGCGGGAUUUGGCCCUUUUGGGAUGAUUCCCGAUUUUUAGUGGAGACCCUUAACAAAGGCUCCCAGGUCAUCCACAUUCUUGUUAAGGAAAUGCUGGUGCUGGAGAAAUUUUCAGAGAUGAACUUGGUAACUGGCUGUUAGGAUUCUACAGGAAUAUUGGAUAUGCAUCCAGCCUUUCGGCUGAGCUAUGGGCUUUAAGAGACGGCCUUAAACUGGCCAUGGACAAGGGAUUUUCCCAACUCAUUGUUGAAACUGAUUUUAUGGUUGCAAAAACACUGAUUGAUUUUUCCCAUUCUGAUUCUCACUCACUGGGGGUUUUAAUUGAUGAUUGCAAGGCUAUGAUGUCCCAAGUCCCCAGCAUCCAGUUUAGACAUGUGUUCAGAGAAGCCAACAGUGUUGCUGACUGGUUGGCUAAGAAGGGUACAAAGUCGGACUCUCCUUUUGUUGUGCUAAAUCAAUGUCCCUCCGGUCU